ACUUGCCAGACCAUGAAAGACCGAGUGUGCCUCCGGGUCUCAAUAAAGGCCUAAGAAGACCGAGUGACAUGAAACCAUGGUUUAUUUCCUAAAAGAACCAUGAACACCGAUUUCAAAAACCAAGAUCCGAAGCAAGGUACUGCUCCCAUUGAUAACAAUCUCACAACCCUUGAUUCAAGAUUUAAUCAAACUCUCCGUAAUGUACAAGGGUUCAUAAAGGGUCGCAGCUUUCCUGGUAAAAUCUUGAUAACAAGAUCGGAUCCUGCUGAUUUUACAAUUCUACCCUCUCCUCGUGUUGAUAGCAGUCCCUCUGAGAAUAUUACAGGCUCAAGCAAACACAUUGAUGAUACAAAUGAGGAUCAAGUUCAUAGAAGUAAACCAGAUGCAAACGAGUUAAAAUCAACAAUAUCAAAUUCUGAGAAUACAUCUAAAGAGACUCCAAGGGUUACAAUGAGCACAAGAGCCACAGACACUGCUAGGAUAAUGAAGUUCACAAAAGAGUUGGGGGGCGUAAAUGUCAUUUUAGACAAAUUGCGUGAAUUAGCAUGGAGUGGUGUGCCACAUUAUCUACGCCCUAAAGUUUGGAGGCUUCUUUUGGGAUAUGCACCCCCUAAUUCAGAUAGAAGGGAGGGAGUUGUAGGAAGAAAACGUGCAGAGUAUUUUGAUUGUGUUGCUCAAUUUUAUGAUGUUUCAGAUAAUGAACGUACAGAUGAAGAGAUUAAUAUGCUUAGACAGAUUGCUGUUGAUUGUCCUAGAACUGUGCCUGAUGUUACUUUCUUCCAACAACCUGAAGUCCAAAAAUCCUUGGAGAGGAUACUCUACACAUGGGCAAUUCGGCAUCCAGCAAGUGGAUAUGUCCAGGGAAUAAAUGAUCUUGCUACACCUUUUUUGGUAGUUUUUUUAUCAGAACAUUUAGAAGGAAGUGUUGAUAAUUGGAGAAUUUCUGAUUUAGAUCAAGAAACAAUCUCUAAUAUUGAAGCUGAUUGUUAUUGGUGUCUUUCAAAAUUACUUGAUGGCAUGCAAGAUCAUUAUACAUUUGCUCAACCUGGAAUCCAACGCCUUGUUUUUAAGCUCAAAGAUUUGGUCACACGAAUCGAUGAACCUAUCGCAAGGCAUAUGGAAGCUCAAGGGCUUGAUUUUCUACAAUUUUCUUUCCGUUGGUUUAAUUGUCUCUUGAUACGAGAGAUUCCUUUCCACCUUGUGAACCGUUUAUGGGACACAUAUCUUGCUGAAGGUGAUGCAUUGCCCGACUUCCUUAUCUAUAUAUUUGCCAGUUUUCUUUUAACGUGGUCAAAAGAGCUCCAAAAACUUGAUUUCCAAGAGAUGGUGAUGUUUCUUCAACAUCUACCAACAGAAAACUGGGGUCACCAAGAACUUGAGAUGGUCCUUUCAAGAGCCUUCAUGUGGCAUACCAUGUUCAAUAGUUCUCCUAGCCAUUUGGCCUCUUGAGAAAGAUGUUUGUAUACUUACGAGCUUAUUCAGUUUUCUCGUUAUAUUUGUAUAAUGAUUACUCAGUUAUUCAUAUUUGUAUAAUUCAGUCUUGGAUGUGGUUUCUUUUGUUGUAUGUAUAGAGGUUAUGUUGUUAAGUUGUUUGUGUUCUAGAAACUUGUACAAGGGCUUUUGUUGAAAUGACCAAUUUGUGCAUCUCAUUUCAAAA